GGAAAAGGGUCUAGGGUAAACGACAACGGUAGGUUCGCGCCCUGUUAUUUUUUUACUUUCCCUCCGGUUUCUUGACACUUUUCCUCGAAGACCGUGUUUUGCGACUCUUGUAUGAUGAUAUGGCAAUGCGACUAGACUGCCCUCUUCGGAGAAGCCGCAGGGUUGCCGCGAGCCCUGUCCUGCCGGUGACAGUGGCUCCAAACCGGAAUCCUGCACUGACAGAUGAUCGGGUGCAAUGCUGUGGCCGUCGGUUCUGGUUUGUGCGCGACAUCUGUGGCAUCAUCUGUGCCUGGAUGACGUGGAUGUUGGUGGCCUAUGCCCAGUAUGUUGUGGUGGGAGUUAUCCUGCUGCCCGUGGCCCACACCUAUUACGGCGCCAUCAACCUGGUCAUCUUCGAGGUGCUCGCAUUCCUGGCGGUCUUCUCCCACGUCCGCACCAUGGUGACCGACCCCGGUGCGGUGAUGCGGGGAACGGCGACCAAGGAGGCGGUGGAACAGCUGGGUCUUCGGGAAGGGCGCCUGGUCUACAAGUGCCCCAAGUGCAGCUGCCUCAAGCCCGAGCGAGCGCACCACUGUAGCGUGUGCCAGCGGUGCAUCCGAAAGAUGGACCACCACUGUCCGUGGGUGAACAACUGCAUCGGGGAAAACAACCAGAAGUUUUUCGUCCUCUUCACCCUGUAUAUUGCCAUCAUCUCAAGUCACUCCUUCUUUCUGGCAGUAAAUCAUUUUGUGGGCUGCAUCAACAGCGAGUGGAAGAAGUGCUCAGGCGGAUCUCCUGCAGUCACAGUGAUCCUGCUCAUCCUGCUUAUCUUCGAGGCACUCCUCUUUGCCAUCUUUACCCUGGUCAUGUUUGCCUCCCAGGUGCAGGCCAUCUGGAAUGACGAGACGGGCAUAGAGCAGCUCAAGAAGGAAGUGGCUCGGUGGCAGAAGCGCUCGCCCUGGCGUAGCAUGCGCUCAGUCUUCGGCCGCUUCUCUCUUUCGUGGUUCUCACCCUUCACCUCGACUGGGGACAGCGUUCCUGUUCCAGGCUACCUCUACGCAGUCUAGCGACACAAGCCACCUGGUGCACUUUGUUGGCGACAAACAUGGAAACUGAGGGUCAUCAUAUGCUGGAAGCCCUGUGUCUUGGAGCGAGCCAAGUGGUGCAGUUCAGACCAAUAGUGGAGAGCUCUGGGUGCAGUCUGGACAUCAAUGGUUCUUCCUGUGCUUCUGAGUGACACGGCGUGCAGGCCCACAGCAUUUCCCACUCCUGAGUGUCUGUGUUUCGCACCUGCUUCACAUGUGAUAGUUAGAGCUUGCUUUCAAUACCUGCCAAGGACACUUUGUUGGGUUAAAGUUUAACUGCAGAGUUAAAAAAUGAGAAGUAAAUGUAAAUUUUCGGGGAAUACUGCUCGUAGCCCUUUCUCUGACAUACCUUAUUUACUCGAGUAAUAGCCGUGCUGUAUAUGAAGAAAACCUGAGGGUUCGCUUUCCUGCGGAGCAUGUGGCUUGCCAAUCACCGUGAUCGGCAGCAUGAUUCCAACGGUUUACAGGACAGAGAUAACGUCUUUGCGCGAAGAUACCCCUUAUGAAGAUUGCAUUUGUUUGGAGAAUCGUAUUCUCGAUCUAGUUAUUCGCUAUGUUAUUUAUGUGCAAGGCGAUGAUUGGCUGUAUAUGUGCUCUGCGGUAAAGCAGACGCAAGGGCCUUGUUCAUAAAUAGUGCGGCUAUUACUCGAGUAAAUAUGGUAUUUCUUAUCGGUUUUCUUGAUUGCUGCUGGAGACUGUAGUGUUCAAGACAUUUCUCAGUAGUUUAAAGUCUUGCAGUUGCUUUAAAAUUUGCUUUGGUAUAUUGUUUUUCUUAUUUAUUUAUUUUUUCGGGAGAAGGGCUGUAUUUCGGUAGCUGUUGCAAACAAGCUUCAAAUAUGUGCUAUGCCGCAUAGAACGGGGCACCACCGAUUUUGAAGAAAGACACCAUUCCUUCUUGGAGAUUACAUAAGUGUGCAGUGUGAAUGGUGUGCAGGACAAGUGUUGCAGUUUCGAACUGCUUCGUGUGGACAACCUGGUUGGCUGGUUCGCUUUCGGGCUUGCUGCGCAUGUGGAACAUCUCGUAUGAAGACAUGAGUCUAGUUUUGUGUCUGUGCCGCAUUGUCAAACAGAAUCUUUUUUGUGGACCGUCGUCCAACAUGGCCAUGUAUUGUUUUGUACAUAACUCCAUUUUAAAAGAAGGGCUUCUCUUGAACGAAGUUCGAACGCCUGUGUUACAAAUCACUCAAUGUUAUGGCAAUCAUCCGAAAAUAUUGCCUCUGUGAAUAAAGUGGUUGGGGGAAAA